GAAAGAGGAACUGUGUUCAUAAAGACGACGAUCAGCAUCAGAACAACAUGAAGAACCCAUCUGUUCUGUUGGGUGUCUGUGUCCUGCUGCUGUCUGGACUGACUGUUUCUGCAGGUUUCACCACCACUACCUCUGGUCCUACAACUCCAUCCUCUGAUCCUAUAACUUCAUCCUCUGGUCCUAUAACUUCAUCCUCUUUUCCUACACAUUCAUCCUCUGGUCCUACAACUUCAUCCUCUGGUCCUAUAACUUCAUCCUCUUUUCCUACACAUUCAUCCUCUGGUCCUACAACUUCAUCCUCUGGUCCUAUAACUUCAUCCUCUUUUCCUACACAUUCAUCCUCUGGUCCUACACUUUCAUCCUCUGACCCUACAACUACAUCCUCUGAUCCUGGUUCUUCGGUGUCCGUCGUGUGGCUGUUCUACCGCCUGCUGGUCAUGAGUCCGUACUGUGUCUCCACUGUCCUGAUGGUGUCAAUCUACUGGAAAAGAAACACAGGAGGCAGAGCAGCCGUCGCCAUGGAGACUAGGCAGCGGCACGUCAGAGACGAAGAGUACGAAAACGUGGCUGCAGACGUCGCCGUGGAGACGAGGCAGUGGUACGUUGAAGACGAAGACUACGAAAACGUGGCUGCAGGUGUCACCAUUGAACACGACUUCUGAAGAGAUGAGUCGACUUCGACACCGAAAUAUGUUUUUAUUUCUAAUUUUACACUUUUCAUCUGGAACAGAAACUGAAAAACAAAGUUUUUUUUUUCUUUUUUAUACAUGAUGUGAUUCCCAAACUGAACAGAAUAAGUUUGUAAAUAAAUGUUUCAUAAACUCUUCAAUACUUUUAA